AGUUCGCCACUCAGUCCGCCAUUUGAUUAUUUUCUUUGUUUACGUGUUUUGUUAUUGUACGUUCUUACUCGUUUUUACCGAGACUAUUAAGGAGUGGUGUUUUCUUUAAAGGAUUUAACUGCUUAUUGAAAGUUACUUUUUGAGUGUUUGUUUACCGUUUUUUUAUGAGUUAAUAGCCAUGUAUUUUGCUGGUGAAAAAAGACCUCAAAAAAAAAUGUUGUGUACCGGGUUGCUCCAAUAAAGAUGGCAGUCGCUUUCGUUUUCCCAAUAAAAACCAUAAAUAUUGGAUUGAUGAGUGGCUGAAAAAAGUUAACAAUCCGAAGCUUAUGACAAUGCCUUAUGAUACUUUAUACCAAAAUUGUGUUGUGUGUGAGACAUUUUCUGCCUGAACAAAGGCAAUAUGGCUCGAGGCGGGGGCUUAAGCUAGAUGCAGUGCCAGUUCUAUUUCUCACUAAUAAAUCAGAUUUAUUACCUUUUGAAUGCUGCCCAUUCGUCAUUUCUGCUCCACGAGGAAAUUAGAUAUUUAAAAAACUUAUCAAAUCAGUCUCUGAUUGAUCAUGAUAUUACAACCGAAACGUCAGCAGUAUUUUCGGCACUCAUUUUUGCCUUCUCUUCCUGCGGCGUCGUCACAACGCUACUGCUUUUUGUCGGGAUUUUUAAGGAUAUAAAAUAUUUCCUUAUACCGUGGAUCUUCAACAUGUUCUUCUUUACCAUCGUAGACAUCGUCUUUGUAGUAUAUGGUCUAAUAGUUCAUGCCCUUCAAUGGAAUCCAUCUGUAGCUAUCUUGGUAACCAUAGACUUCUUUUUAAAUGCUCUUAACAUGUAUGCCUUAUUAUGUGUGACAUCCCAAUACCAAGAAUAUAAUGCAGGGCGGGGUAGAGCGAUAGACGAAGAAAUAAUGAGGAUACCGAACAUCCAGUACAGUACGACCCAACCAACCGGUACCAGCUACCUGAGUUCACACGCCCGAAAACCUCCGACUUUUAUCGAAAGAGCGACACCACUCCACUCGCCCACCAAUCAUUUAGACGUGCCGCCUGCGGUGGUCAAUAGGGGCCCGAGAAAAUCGGUUAAGUUCGGUGACAGUUCGGAAAUGACGGUCGUACCACCGCCAUGUUGGAACGAUAACAAAACGAGUCCGAUCAAAGGUACUGACACAUCACCCCUUAUCGAUUCAGGGGGUGGGAUUGGAGGGACAAUAAUCGGGUGAGGGCCGGUGUUAGAAACGGCGUUGUGAUACAGUUUCUUAGUGAUGAUGGGGCAAAAAAAGUAAAAGUCGACUGUGUACAGUAAAAUGUGUUUUUUUUUUGUAUAAUAUUGUUUAGGGUGACUAGAAUUGUUUAAAAUACUUAAUAAUAAAUGUAAAUUCUGAUUAAUUAAUAUUAUAAAAGUUAACAUAG